UUGUUAUUAACCAACAUUGGGUUAAAAUAAUUAUUGCAGCUUAAAAAAAUUAUUCUAACAAAAUGAAAUCAUUUAUUAUUCUCUCAGUAUUUCUUGCAAUGGCUUCAGCAGCCAACUAUGGUCGUGCCAAACAACCAUUCCAAGCACCACGUCAACAAUAUAAACCGCCACAACCAAAUUAUUCUCAAAAUCAAUAUCAUUCAUCUGGUGCUGAAAUUCCAAUUUUACGUCAAGAUUCUAAUAUAGAUCCAAGUGGACAAUAUUCAUACAGUUUUGAAGCAGCCAAUGGAAUUCAAAUAGCUGAAAGCGGAGUUGGUGGACAACAAGCGCAAGGUUCAGCUGCAUGGACAGCACCGGAUGGUACACCCGUUCAAAUUAGUUAUGUUGCUGACGAAAAUGGUUAUCAACCAAGUAGUGAUCAAAUUCCAACACCACCACCAAUUCCAGAUGCCAUUGCUAGAGCAUUAGAAUAUAUUCGUACACAUCCAUCAUACGAAGAUCAACAACCAUACCAACAACAACAAUAUAGAGCCGCUGCACCACCAAAAUCGAAUUAUAACCGUAAUGCUUUUGGUCAACAAAAGAAAAAUAUUUACGGUUAGACGGAGAAUAUAAUUAUGAUGGAAAAAUUUGGAAAAAGAAAAACGAAAAUAAAGGAAAGAACUAUAUAAAAGGACUAGUGUAUAUAAACCAAAAACAAAAAAAAAAUGGAAUGUGUAAUAAUUGUUUUUCAUUGUGAUAGAAAAAAUUUUUUAUACAAAAAAAAACCUUGUAAGUUUCUUUUUAAUUUCUUUGUAACUUGAAAUAGAAUAAUUUUUUUUGUAAAUAAAAUAUAAAAGAAUCAA